CUUCCGGGCGUCAAUUUGGUGGCGGGAAAAGCGACCUUUUCCGAGAGCUCCUGGCCGGUCCUAUGUAGUAGCCCUUCGUGGGAGCCGGGAUGGAAAAGCAACUGGAGAACCAAGCUGCCGCCGCGCCCGCGAACUCUGGAGAGGAGGGCGGACUGCCGCCGGGCGCCGGGGCCCAAAAGCAUUCAGAGGACCAAAUGACCCUGCUGCUCAGACUGAAAGCACAGACACAACAACAACUCUUGGAAUAUAAAUCAAUGGUUGGUGCAAAUGAAGAAAAAACUCCAGAAGAAAUCAUUCCAGAAAAGCAAAUUGAAACUAAAAUUGAAGACCUGGAAAAUGAAAUUGAAGAGGCGAAAAUGGCUUUUGAAAUGAAAAAGUUUGCAUUACACAGGAUGCAGCUUUCGACGGUCCUUAGAAAACACCUGGAAGAAAGUAAAUUUCAGAAUAGUGAGCUCACGGAAAACAUGAAACACAUAUUAAAGCUAAAUAAAAUAAUAAUGACAUCACAGCAGGAAUCUUGGGAUCUGGAAGGAAAACUGCUUAAUGUUAAAAAGAAGAGAUUUGAAUUAAAACGAGCUUCAGAACAAAAGUUUUUAGAAAUACAGACUGAAAAGAACAAACAGAAAGAUAAUUUGGACAGUAUGGAAAAUUCAGACAAGAUAAAGACCUUAAAGCAAAGGCUACAGAUGGAGAUACAAAUUACUACGGUUAUUCAACAUGUGUUCCAGAACCUCAUUUUGGGGAGUAAAGUCAAUUGGGCAGAGGAUUCUGCUCUUAAGGAAAUUGUUCUGCAGCUUGAGAAGAAUCUCACCAUGAUCUAAUAAAAAUUCUAUGUUUGCA